UGGUUAGAUUCCCAUUAAAAACACUUUAGAAAAAUAAACUACUUGUGCAAUUAUCCUUCCUUCUAAUUCCUAAAUGUCUAUAUGAAAUUGGCGUCUAAAUGUUUCAAUCUUAUAAGACAUUUUAUCUUACCCACCUUAGGAAAAAUAAAUAAAUAAAUAAAUUCAACGACUACUAGGUGAGAAAUGAGGUCAUAUUAUAUAAUCCAUAUACUACUAGAUCGUGCCGACAAUCUCCACUAAUAAAUGGAUCUCAUUUGUAUUUUAUAUAAACAUCACAUGUAAAAUGGCAAAAUUGGACCAUUUUAGACACAUACGGUAUUAUUACAGUGAAUGUGAUGAAAAGGUGAAGAAACAAAGCAAGAAAGAUCAAAGAUGGCAUUGAGAACAGAUCAUCGCUGGUCUCUUCAUGGGAUGACCGCUCUAGUUACUGGUGGCUCCGAUGGACUUGGACUAGCUGUUGUUGAGGAACUAGCAAAAUUUGGGGCCAAAGUUCAUACAUGUGCUAGAAAUGAAACUAGACUUGAAGAGCGCAUGCGUGAAUGGGAGGCAAAAGGUUUUCAAGUGAGUUCUUCUAUUACUGAUGUAACACUUCGAGCUGAGAGAGAGAAGUUGAUGGAGAUCAUUUCCUCCAAGUUUGAUGGCAAGCUCAAUAUCUUGGUGAACAAUGUUGGAACUUGCAUUGUAAAGCCAACACAGGAGUAUACGGCUGGAGAUUAUGCAACAAUAAUGAGCACCAACCUUGAAUCAGGUUAUCAUUUAAGCCAACUUGCCUAUCCUCUAAUGAAAGCAUCGGGGUCUGGCAACAUCAUCUUCAUGUCUUCAGUUGCUGGUGUUGUAGCCAUCAAUGAUGGUGGUUCUCUUUAUGGAACAACAAAAGGAGCAAUGAACCAAUUGGCAAAGAACUUGGCGUGUGAAUGGGGAAAGGAUAAUAUCAGGGUUAAUUCAGUUGCUCCUUGGUUCAUUAGAACCACUCUUACGAACCAGGCAAUUGAACAUGUAGAAGGAUUUGCUGAACGUGUUGAAAGUAAAACUCCUAUGCGACGGAUAGGAGAGCCGGAAGAGGUGUCUUCUGUGGUGGCUUUCCUAUGCAUGCCUGCUGCUUCAUACAUCACUGGCCAGACUAUUUGUAUUGAUGGGGGGUUAACUGUUAAUGGCUUCUAAAGCUCCUUUUUCUAAAUGUUGAUGGCAUCUGAACCUCUUUUUUUUUUAAACGUUAAUGGCUUCUUUCAAUCAAAGUUAAUUGUGAUUAUAAAUUUAUAACCAAUUAGAGGUUUGUUUAAAAUUUCAAA